AUGGCUAUUCAAGCGCUUGCUGAACAUUUGGCCUCCAGGGUCCCAGUCUUGGCCAUUCUCAUGACCGCAGUCAUUGCGCUCGGAAUAUGGAUUCGUCGGGAUCGUCGGCUAGACGAAAUGCCAGGACCAAAAGGGUGGCCUCUUUUUGGUAUUGGACUUGGGCUGCCAAAGCAAAGUGCCUUCAUGCACAAGUGGGCCCUUCAAUAUGGCGAAGUGUUCAAGCUUCGGGUGGGCUGGUAUAACUGGGUCGUUCUAAAUAGCCCAGAGGCUAUGAAAGAGAUCAUGGACAAGCAGUCAAUUCAUACGUCUUCCAAGACUCCUGCACCGUUGGGUCAUGAUGUUGUUACCGGAGGCUUGCGCCAAUUCACCAUGCCGUAUGGUCCCAGAUGGCGCGCCUAUCGCCAAGUGUCGCAUCGAGUGCUCUCUACGCCAAUGACUGCUUCGUUCAUUCCAGUCCAGGAAUUUGAAGCAAAACAGCUUCUUUACGAUAUCGCCUCGGACAACCAAAAUCAGCGAGACUUCUACUGGCAUGUGCGCCGAUUUUCCUUCAGCAUUCACAUGACUGCUACAUACGGCCGUCGCGUGAAUAGCUGGCAGCAUGAAGAUGUCCGCCAAGCCAACAAGAAUUCGAAAAUCUUAGGCCAGGUAUCCAAGCCAGGUGCUUUCUUAGUGGAUGAGUUGCCUUUCUUGGCGAACCUGCCUGCGUCCCUGCAGCCUGGUCGAGCAAGGGCUGAGAGCUAUGUGAAGCCGAUACUUGAUGCAAGACUGCGGCUAUGGGGACGACUGAAAAAGGAAUUGGAGGCCGGUUGUGCACCCAACUGUGUGGGCCGCGAGUUGCUUGAGAACGAAGCCAUUUUCAAGAGCCAGGGUCUCAACGAGGUUGAUGCUGCAUGGAAUAUCAGCGGGCUGGCAGAGGCCGGGUCUGAGACAUCUUUUGUCACUUUCAAUAACCUCAUCCUUCACCUCGCAUCAUCUCCGGAAGCACAGAAGCGAGCAUACGAGGAGUUGAUGCGUGUUAUCGGGCCAGAUCGAACGCCUGUUUUCGAGGAUGUGCAAAACUUGCCUUACAUCCGCGCAUGUGUUAAAGAAAUGCUUCGACUACGUCCUGUUCCGACCUGGGGCAUCAAGCACUUUGCAGAUGAAGACGUAAAGUACAAGGGCUACGUCAUACCAAAGGGAACGAUCCUUCUAGCCAACACGUCUUUUCUGGGCCAGGACCCUCAACGUUACGAUGAGCCCUUCGAAUUUCGACCAGAGCGCUUUUUGAACUACCCUAAGUAUAGCGCAGAGUAUGCUGCUGGUGACCCAUACAAACGGGAUCAUUUCGCCUUUGGGAUUGGAAGAAGGAUAUGUCCUGGGGCGAAGCUUGGCGAAAACACGCUGAAUAUCGGGUUGAUGAACCUUUUGUGGGCGUUUGAGGUGCGGCCGCCUUUGAUGGACAACGGUAUGGAAGCCGAAUCCAUGAAUAUGGAUUUUGACACUGCCUUCGAACCUACGGCCUUUCAAGCCCCAAAGCCUUUCGCCGCGAGGUUUUUGCCUCGUAGCGAACAAGCCUUGCGUAUGGCCGAUACGGCUGUGAGAGGAAGACACAUGUCAGCCACAAUAAGAGAAGCCAACAAGGUACGUGAAGAUGCGGGCUACGGAUACAACUCGAGAAUACGGGUCUAUUGCAUUCGGAAUGGGAAACCACCGGGAGAGGCUUUUGCACUCAACGUCGGAGCGUCCGAAUUUUACAGAUGCUGUGAUUUCCUCAACCCCAAGACUCUUCGAGUCGAAAGGCCAUUGAGUACAGUUAUCUCAAGAGCCGAACUGCUUGUCGGCAAUACCGUGUUUACGAGUUCCCGAGCCUGA